CGGCCACUAUAAAUAUGCGGUCUUAUGCUCCUCAACGACAGGCAACUGCUCUGACUACCAAAAUCUGAGUAGGACUAGCACCGUUGCGAGCUCCUCUUCACGAUACCGAAUCUUUUAUAAGCAAGUGGUCCAAUAUCCAGGUCUAACGUAUCCAUACAAUGCCUCCGGAUGCAAAAUCGCCUGGCUACCAGCCUGGUAUGGCAGUAUUACCAUCUAGGCCACAUCCUGCCAAGGGAAAAGCCAUUCGAUUCCUCCUUUCCCUUGCAUUGGUCGCGUUUGCUAUUGUUCAAUUAUGUGGUAAUUUCCACAAAAAUAGGAGCGUUGAACAACAGCUUCAGAGUCAAACACUUGAUGAUGAGUCCUUUAAAUGGGAAGAUGUUACUCCUACCAAGCAACUCGUAUACCAUCCAUGCUUUGGUGAUCACGAAUGCGCUCGCUUGUCGCUUCCAAUGGAUUGGAACCGAACUGAUGGUGAAGGGUCAAAAAUUGCCUUGGCGGUUAUCAAACUUCCUGCCAAGGUACCUGUCACAGAUGCGCGAUAUGGUGGUGCCAUUCUUCUGAAUCCAGGUGGUCCUGGUGGAUCCGGAGUGAGCAUGGUCUUUAGAUACGGGAAAGCUAUCCAGACCAUCGUCGACUCCCCAGAAUCACCAAGUGCAGAUUCAGCGAGCGGAAAGUAUUUCGAUGUUGUUAGCUUUGAUCCAAGAGGGGUCAACAACACAACACCUAAUUUUUCCUGCUUCCCUGACCCCGCGACGAGGAAAGCGUGGUUACUGCAGUCAGAGGCAGAGGGUCUACUUGGGAGUUCUGAAGGAGUCUUCGAUACUCGAUGGGCAAGGUACGAAGCUUUUGGUAUGAGCUGCAAUCAACAAGGAGUCACAGCGUCAAAGGAUGGAGAAUGGAUAGGAAAAUUCAUGAAUACGGCCCCCGUGGUGGCGGAUAUGGUUGAACUCGUAGAGCGCCAUGGAGAGUGGCGUGAACGGGAAACAGAGCGGCUACUUUCGACAGCUCCGAACACUUUCCCAGUUGGAACAAACGUUGACGCCGAGAGGAUAAGGCUGCACAACCGUUGGAAAAAAGGGGAGGAGAAGCUGCUAUACUGGGGCUUUUCCUAUGGGACAAUCCUGGGUUCCACGUUUGCGGCUAUGCAGCCUCAUCGCAUAAACCGUGCUGUCAUAGACGGAGUCUGCAACGCUGAUGAUUAUUACGCCGGCAACUGGCUUACCAAUUUACAAGAUUCGGAUGCAGCAUUCAAUAAAUUUUUCGAGUACUGCUACACAGCUGGCCCAUCAGCGUGUCCGUUUGCGCUCGGCGGAGAUCCCGAAGAUCUCAAGUCUCGUUAUGAGCAGAUUUUGACCAAUCUUACAUCGAGCCCUAUUGCUGUGUCUCCUUCUGGAAAUAGGGGCCCAGAGAUAAUAACCUAUAGUGAUGUGAAGUCAUUGGUCGUGCAAGCUCUCUAUGUGCCUUUGAAAUUAUUCGAUUUGGUGGCUCGGCUAUUAGCUGAGCUCGAGCAAGGUAACGGCUCUUCAUUCGCUGACUUGAAGUAUGAAGCCAAACAAUGGCCAGUACCGCCUCCAUGCGAUUCCUCGUCCACACAAUACAAAGUACCUGGCGAGAGUGAUCAGGAGGCCGGGAGGAAUAUCCUAUGUACAGAUGGUCCAGGCCUCGACGGAACUGCCAAGGAGGAUUUCCGGAGCUACUGGAAUAUGCUCCGGGGACAAAGUAAGGCGGUUGGAGAUUUCUGGGCCGAGGUUCGCAUGUCGUGUGUCAAACUGGAGACGCGACCUGAGUGGCGCUAUGAUGGGCCCUUCGCAGGCAAUACAUCGCACCCAUUGCUGUUUAUCGGGAAUACUUAUGAUCCAGUAACGCCGCUACGGAAUGCUCAUACGAUGGCGCGUGGAUUUCCUGAGUCAAUCGUUCUAGAGCAGAACUCUGUCGGACAUUGCACACUGAGUGGCCCAUCCUUGUGUACAGCGAAAGCGAUACGCCAGUAUUUCCAGACCGGAGAGUUACCUGACCCCGGAACUGUUUGCCAGGUAGAGGAGCUUCCCUUUCAUCUUGCCGGAUAUGAGAGAAGUCAGGUCAUGUCGCCAGGUGACACAGAAUUGAUGUCCGCCUUGCAUUCGCUGAGCGAGUUCCGCCAUCUGCUAGGCGCGUGAAAAAGGUUAAAUAAGUGUCGCCAGCGAGCGCUGCAGUUAUUAAUCCUUUACAUCAUAGGAGCUGGCUAGAAUGUUAUCGAUGCAGUUUGCCCCUGUAUCUCGACCAAGAGCAUGAAUAACACAUUAUAUCAGCAAAUGUUAUUGAGCAAAUCAAUUAUUCACCUGCACUCAAUUCAAUUAAAGAUCUGUUGCCUAGACUACCAGAAUUAUUAAGGCGACCUUAUCGAAGCAUUUGCAGACCAACCCCUGUCCAUCGUCAGGGGCAAGACAGACAUUUCUUCUAGAACCCGGAUGAUGUAUAAUCGCGGUGGGGAAGAUCAUCCUAAACCAUUGCCCCAGACUCGCCUACCUUAGGUAAUCCAUACAAAUGCCGGGGAAAUCACUGAGGUGUUGUUCAUCACGGCGUUGAAUCGGC